CGCAGCAGAAGAAGUGGGACCACAAGAGCCCUGUCAUUGCUCUCCGGUGACAAGUGGGCCUGUUUUUACACCUUCCUUCUAAAUAAGGAAGCGGCCUGACAGACAUAUGACCACCGACCCAAUUUGGGAGCAGCCCGAGUGCCCCAUCGCGUCCCACGGCCGCUCAACGCCACCAAUAAGCUUUCUCCCCUUCCAGUCCAGCAGUGACAGUAGGCUAUUCCCCUCAACUCUCUGCAGACUUGGUAUUUUUCCUGCUGUCAGCACCCUCUCUACCCUUGUAUUGUCCCAGCGGUGAAGUCAGCAUGAUGUCAUCUAGGGAUGCGAUAGCCCUGGCAAGGUUGAAACAGGGUUUUUGGUGAGUGGUAGAGGAUUUAUUCCGAACUCUUACCGAGAGGGAGACAGAGAGGGGGGAAGAGAGAGAGAAAGAGAGAGUGUGUGUGAGAGAGAGAGAGGCGCGGAGGAGCUGCAAAACAUGGUAAUCACCACCACCAACAUCACCAUCACCAUCACCAUCAUCUCCAGCUCUGCCGCGCACUCUCCCGUCUCCUCUCCUCCUCUGCACCGGGGCUUGCGUUUCAUGCCCAAAGCCCUGAUCUGCGCUCCAAAAAUAACCCUCAGCCAGCAUGCCGAAGGAAGCAAAACAAGAAGAGCGGUAUUUUUAGGGUCAUUAAUUUCGACCACGUGGCCCGAAGGUAAACCGGAUGGCCGUUGCGCAAAGGCUCCUCGUCAGUAUGUCCUGCGAGGCCGGCACGCCGCACUGGACGCUGACCGCGGUGGUUCUCCUGGGCUUUCUGCUGGGGAUCGUGUCAGCGUACCCUUUACCGAGCAGCAGGACAAAUGCAACUUUACUGGAGAAAAGAUGGGAGACCCUCUUCUCCCGCUCUGUACUGGGGAUCUCUGGGGAGAAACCGGAGCUGAACUGGGAGAGUGACUAUCUGCUGGGCAUCAAAAGAGUGCGGAGGCUCUACUGCAACGUGGGCAUCGGGUUUCACCUUCAGAUCCUCCCCGACGGCAGGAUAAACGGUGUACAUAAUGAAAACCAGUACAGUCUAAUAGAGAUCUCUACGGUGGAGAGAGGAGUGGUGAGCCUAUAUGGGGUGAAGAGUGAGUUGUUUGUCGCAAUGAACAGCCGUGGAAGGUUAUACGGAACGACAGUCUUCCAUGACGAGUGCAAGUUCAAGGAGAGCAUGCUCCCGAACAACUACAAUGCCUACGAGUCUCUGGUUUACAGAGGCUCCUACAUAGCACUCAGCAAGCAUGGCCGCGUGAAGAGGGGCAACAAGGCCACCACUGCCAUGACUGUAACGCACUUCCUACCCCGAAUAUGAUGAGCAAAAACUGGCAAUAACAAACUUAUUUGCACAUGUGGAUUAUUUCCCAGGUAACAUAAAUACCGUAUACGUACGUACAAACACAAAAGACAAAAAUGGACUGUAAAAGAAAGAAAUACCACUAUAUCUGAUAGUAUUUAUUCAAACUUUAUAUGUAUAUUUGGGUAGCUUCCUUUGUAUUAGAAAUUAUGGAAAUGCCAUUCUUUGCUGCUUUUAUGAUUUUCAUCAUUUUGUGAUAUGACGGGGAUGGAGAGGUGUCAUUUAUCCCCUCAGUUUAUAUGGGUGCUUGCUGGAAUUGGUUGACUCCUUGCCCUGUCAGUGGAAGACAGUUCAUCCUUUUGGAAAUUAAAUGGAUACGUUAUUACCUCAAAGCACCAUACCCUGAGAAGAAGAGGAAGAAGGAAAAGAGAAAUGUGUGCAUGAAAUUUCUACAGAGAAGAAUGCCUGUCUACUGAAAAUGUUUUCAUCGCCCCCCAUUGAGGACUUGAGCAUUUCCCUUCCUCUAUGUUCGAUUGUCUCUGUCACUGUCAGGUCAACUUAGAGCACUUGCAAAUAUGGCGGUGGUUUUUCUUGCUUCGUCAUGGGGUGGCGGUGCCUUGAAUUCCUACUUGCGGCCCCCUUACCCUUGCAUGCGAGAAAUGUGGUGCUCAAGUCAGAAAUAGGAAUGAAACGCAAGUCAUCACUCCCUCAGACACCACCGGGGGGCUUUAGCCCAAUUCCUAGAGGGCCAGAGGUUUCUCCACUUUAUUUUCUUUCCAUAAUUAGAUCAAUUAAGUAAUUGAGACUCUAUGCUGCACAGGACCCAGUGGAGCCUCUUGUUAAUAUGGAAAGCUAGAUUUAGAGUCAGCACUCACACCUGCCCCCCUAUCAUGUCCAAGGGAGCUUUGACAAUCCCAGGUUUUACUUUCACAAAUUUUGUAGCCGGAUCAUCAGGCCAGAUUGAGUGUGUAAGUGUGCAGUAUAUGUGUGGGCAUGCAUUAAUUUCAAGUAUGUAUGUGGAACUGCUCGGUUUGAGAGCUGCUCAAUUUUAAAGGUUUUUUUCUCAUUGUGGGAGGUCAAGGGAGCGUCUGUGUAACGGAAUAUCAUAGACCUGACACUAUGAAGCAACAUGUCCUCAAUUUCUGUAUAUUCCCCCCUCAGUUAAAACUGAGUUGGUGAAAUCUGUUGCAUCUGGUCUGUAGCCUUGAUAUUUUGCUAAUUUAUUCGAUUUGUUUUUGAAAAUGUUGAUUUUAUAGCAAAAGUAUGGAAGCCAAGAACGGCCAUGCCUGCAAUUAUUUUUUUAAACGCCGUUAACUCAAGAUCAUGAGUUAAUUAUUUCCUUAUCUCAAGAUAACAGAGCUUGUUUUCUCUCAAUAACAGGUUGAUUUAUGUUGAUUCUCUAGAAAAUUUCACUAGAUAACGAUCUCAAGAAACAAAUGUUGGUUUCUCAUAUCGGCCUUUUGUUUUCUCAAGAAUCUACACACUUUAAAGAUAUACUAUGCAGGAAUUAUCAGUUACUGUUUGUCAACAGCAUCUCCAGUGAAACUAAAAGCUUACCCCAGAUCGCUGUCGUUUUGGAAUGAACUUUGAUGGCUUGGCGUUUCGUGUUGCUAUAUUUGCUUUUUUUUCUGGCGCUGUGUCCACGAUUUUCGUAGCUUCAUCUUAGACACAUGCUGCAUUUGAUCUGGCACCUGGUUCCUAUCCUUUUAUAUGGUCACCUGCGUGCUGUGCCCUGGAACAACCCAUACAUUGCAAAAUAAAAAUAAAAUAUGAUGAUACAGGCAGAGGGCAAGUCUCUGCAGAUGAAUACACCACCACACACUUUUCGUGGGUCAUAAGUGAUGAGUCUAUACAUUAUGUUUUAGGAAAAUCCUGCAUAGAAUACCUUUAAUCCAUAUCCAUGAGAAAACAAGCUUUGUUAUCUCGUGAUAACGGCAUUAAAAAACAUAACUGCAAGCACGGACGUUUUCAGCUUCCGUACAAAUGUGACGAGGGGAGCUGUUUGACCUUCACAGAUUUGUUGUUGAUGAUAUUUGGCACUUAAAGUAACAUGUUUAUGUAGAAAUGAGUGAAGUCACAGUUGAUAUUCUUGACUUUUCAGUCCGCUGUAAUGAUGUUCAGCUGCAUUCAUUUAAAAAAGUGUAGAUAUGGUAGUUUGGUUUCAAGAGAACUGCUUCAGAGUUCAUGAUCCUGGGAUAUGUGAACAAUACUUCAGGUUACUCAUUCUGUCUGACAUUUACAUGAUGUGGAUUGCGCUUAUUGAUCCCAGAUUUUUCAACUUAUUAUGCAUCAUUCAGAUUGAUCGCUGAGUCACAGUAUGACGUCUUGUGAAACAUGAGCAAUGUUGCAAAAAGCAGUGAACCAAAGGGUGAUAUUAGCGAUGUUCAUUCAGGCUUUGUGUACGCAGCACACCAUACUUGAAUUCAACAACUGCUCGCGCUCCUCUUUCAGAUACUGUAGUUUUCCAUUGUGGAGACAAAAGGGGGGAGGGUGAGGAGGACAAAGAGCGAGCGAAGAUGAAGAUAGCAAUGAUGUACAGAGGACUUACAUGGGACUCUGCAUGUGGCACUGGUUGUUUGUUUAACUUGGCAAGGAUGUGAAUAAUGUAGGGUAAAAUACCUGAGCAUCAGACGCGUGGGCCCCCUCGUUUGUUGAUGUCAGACUGGACAGUCAGCGCAGGGCCCUGGGAUUCUUGUUCCAUUCAUCUGAGCCAUUUUUGUACCAAGGUCGAAGAUAUGGGCUUUCUGUCCUUUGUGCUACUGAUGUAGGCGUGUUUUAUGCUCCAUCUCAACAACUUUCGUUCUUUUAUGGAGCGCUGCACCUGUUAUGCUAUUUCCUGCUCAACUCAAAAAUGGUCGUCUUGUAAUGUGCAAUGAAGAUAUGAAAGAUUCUGCUCCUGUCUCGUACUACUGGUGCAAUUGAGCUAGAUUUUUUUUUAUGAUUUAUGAUUAUAUUUUGGUACUUGACCUGCAAUAUUCUGUAAGUAGCAAACCACCAGUCAGGCCAGUUUGGUGAAAUAUGAUCAAAGAAAAGUAGCAAGCUAUAGAUAUAUGUUAUCAUAUUUUACCUCAUGCCCUUUCUAACAUUACUGUAACGCACUGACAGAAUGUCUGUGAGCAAUGGUUUACGUGCCCUUUAAGCUCCAGCUUAUGUCUAGUAGCAGAGGCGAAUGUGCAGUAUUUGGUCAGAGUGAGUGUGUUUGUAGCGUGUGUGUGCAUGUGUGUGCGUGUGUGCAUGUGUCCAACUGAGCACGCUCCUGUCAUGUUCUGUUUCUGCCAAAGCGACAGUAGAGAUGGUAUCAGAUCAAUUUACCUUGAGUCAGGAAUAACAGGGCAUUGUCUGACUGUGCAAGCUGAUGUACUGUGCUCUCCCUCAAAGGAGAGCAUGAAGACGAGAGGCAUGGAAAGAGGCGACACAGAGGCUACUGAGGGAUGUCUGUCAAAAGAAAGCACUGACUGUGAUUUGAGCUGGUAGUUAUGUAGCAAACGGCCACUUAAAAAGAAUCAAAUGCUUCCAGGAAAGGGACACUUGAGUCAUACAAGUUGUCUGGUGGACUGAAUACUGUGAUCCAAGAGAGCAACUUGACACUCCCAGGAUGUUUAUCGUUUUUAAAUAUUGUCACCACUGAUAAUCGUGUUGGGGGGGGUUUUGCCUUGAGCAUCUUGUUACUCAUUGUGACUGGUGAGCCUUUAUGCGAUCACUAUGAUCAGAAAAUGAUCACUUGUAGCUUUUUUUCUGGACUGAUUUCGUGGCAGUGAGGAUUUGGUUGAGGACGUAUUUUGGCUGAUAAGCCAAAAUAUACAAAAGGUGCAUUUUUAUUUAAUUUAAUUUUUUUAAUGGAGUGCAAUUUACUGAGCAGGGAUGCUGUUUUCCCUCGCUACACUUUCAUCAAAACAAGCCGACAUGCAAGAUCACAAGCACUUGUUUUUGAUGACAACAUUGUGUUUAUUACUGUAUGUCACUUCUGAUUUCUUACGGUAUGUUUCAGAGGACACUGUCGACACAACCAGCCAUGAGUUGAAUGGGAAUUGUAAAGUUACAAUGGCUUCUCAAGUAGUAAGGGAAAUCUGAUAAGUUGUUUACUCCAAAAACAACUCGGCACAGUGUCACAUUUUCAAAGCUUGAGAAAUAUUACUCUGUUACAAGUCCUACAACUUCUGCAUGAUGUUAUUUUGGAGGCAGAAAAGGUUGUACUGAGAGAACGUUGUUAAUGGUGUGUCACAUUUCAACAUGAACCUUUAUUUGCUUCAUUCUGCAUUAUGCAUAUAGAGUUCUGAACGGACUACAUAGCAGUUCAGCCCUUUGAUUAAGGAUCCAGUGUCUGGAUUCUGCCAUUGUGCUUAUCAUACCUGUUCAGCUGGUUUUAAAAUGUGUUGGUUCACAGGGAACUGGAGGUCUGUUGGAGGAUCUGGGAUCAGAUUUGUGUAUGCGUGCGUGUGUGUGUGUGUCUCUGUGUGUGCGUGUGUCCCUGUGUGCCGGCAGCCUUUGUGUUUCUCUCUCAGUUUUCUAUUCCUGCACUGAGGGGAGAGUGCUUCCUCUGAGUCCCCCUCCUCUUUUUUAACAUAUACCUCACCUUCUGCCUUAGUUCCGAUUAUUGAAAUGAUUGUAAAUUAGUUUGAAACAACAGACUUCUCCAAUCAUUUGUUUCUGAAAAAAAAUAUGAUGAUGAGUACGUAAAAUACUAUAUUACAAAUGGUUUUCCUUUUAUUUUUGUACGUAUGUGCUGUGCACAGCAGUCAACUGUAUUCCUGAGAUGAUAAUAAAAGACGUUUUGUAAAAGCUGUUGUGA